AUGGUUUUAGAUUUGGGUGUUUACAAUCAGCCUCCUGGGCGGAUCCGGGCGGUUAUUGAUAUCCUCCACCAAAAGAAGCAAGAGAUCAAACAGAACAUGCGAACCCAUUACUCACCUGAUACAUACACUCAAUUCGAUGCCUAUGCACAAUUUGUGGCCGCGCAUCCAGAGAAGGAGGAACUCUAUUUCAUUCUGUUGCAUGCCCAGCAGCGGCCAACUACCUUCUUGGCAUUCCCACACAAUCAGAAUGUACGAAACCAGGUCGAUGCAUUCCUACUGGCCCGCAAGAAACUUUACCUGGACCUACUUGACCCGACCCAGGGACAACAGCGCGAAAACGAUCGGCGAGCUGUCCAGGCAAAGUUCUUCCCUCCUCCAGCUUGGGAAAUGGAUGAAGAAUGA